AUGUCCACUCAAGCAGUUGCGUUUGGCUGGCUCCCUCAGGAGGUGAUGGAGAACAUUGCUUUCUUCGCAGCAACAACGACAGAUAUAGGACCUCCCUCCGACCUGCUCCCUUUACUUCUAAGCUGCAGGAGCAUAUACCAUGCUCUAUCACUUGAUGCAAAUCUACAUCUUUGCGCACGCAUAUUUGAGUAUAAAUUCGAUCUCAGUGCCGCCGUUCGUCGUCUAGGCCAGCAUAUCGCUACGCCUGAUGUCUUAUCGAAGGAGUUGCGCAAGAGAUUUGUUUACCUGAAGCGAAUACGGGCGCGGACAGAUUCUCGAAUCUGUGCACCAGACAUGUCGAAUUCGCCGAUGAUCAGCGAGUUGCUUUGGCUCGCCUACCUAAUGAUGCUUGAAAACGACGGAAAGAAUGUCAAGCAACUGAGGGAAUACGCUGGAAUGGAGCAAUGGUUGAUGGAGUAUUGGUUCGAUGACAAGGGUGCAUCGCUCGCCUCGAAGGCGCUCUUGGAAGAUGUGUGGCUGCUCGAUAACGAGCACAAUUCUCUGGCAAUGUGGUUGUUUUGGUUGUUUCUCAGACCCGACCGUUUCCAGCGUACUGAAAGGAACUAUCGGACUUUUGCAACCGUUUUGAAACCGACUGCUUUAGCAGCCAACAAGUAUAAUAUAUGCCACACCCCAUGGGAGGACUUCAUCCCCAGGUCCUGCCUGCUUGAGCCUACGUGCAUAAAUCACUAUUCUAAUCCAUAUCAACUAACUCCACCGACGAUGGCUAUUCCUGCAAUCCUCUCUUACCUCAGCUUGGUGGGUCCUCUUGUGGGUCCAGCAAGGGCCGUCUACAAAGGACUACAUACACCGAACGGCUUUCCACCCUCGUUGAAUCAGAGUCUCGAAUGGGAAGCUGAUUGGCAGAGGUGCAUAAAUCUUGCUAAAAGCCCUCUCGCUAGCCAAUUCUCAGGUGCAUAUAAGGUGGGCAGUCUACAAGGUGUGUGGGAAGGUGUCUUUACGUACACGGAAUUCACUACCUAUGCUGCGCUCCUGUCUGGACGCCCCCCUUCGAUCCUCCAUAAUUCUAUGGUUGCGCAGCACCGUCAAACAUGGAAAUUGCGAGAGUAUUACUUAACUGUUUCGAGGGGCGCUGAUGGCAUUGCUGGCGGCCUAGAAUCACUACCGCUGAGCUCGGGUGAUCCGCUCAAGGCAUUUUUUCCAUCUGGCAUCCGUAUUCACGAGCACGCAGGCAGUGCAGAGGUGCACGAGCCCGGGAAAAUAGUUCCACUUUCAUACAGGCAGCCAUCGGCUUGUGGCGUGGAAGCCGAGGGCCUCGAUAUUCAAGAUAUUAUUGUCGUAGGAGAGGGUCAUUCUGCUUGGGGUCAAUUCAAUCUCAUUGGUAGGGUACGACCUUGCGACGGUUUUGUCAGUUUUUUGAAAGAAUACGUCGAGGGCGAUCGAGGACAAUGGCUUUAUCGGGGUUAUCUGGUCGGUAGCAUCAACGGGAGCCUCUCCGGGCGCUGGCGAGAUACACUCAGUCUCCCCGAUGCUAAUGGCUAUGAGGGCUGUUUUGUGAUGAGUAGGCGGAGAUGA